AUGUUUGGAGCUCCUGUUUAUAAUCAAUUUCUACCACCAACAGCAUUUCCUCAGAGAACAAACGGCGCAAAUAUACCAAUGAUUGGUGAUAAACCACCAAAUUUGCCUCCAGAGCCGAAACGAACUGCUUUACCUGAUAUUCCUCCAACUCCUCAUCCUGGACUUCCAAGCACAGGAGGACUCAAUUGGAAUAUCGUUGCAGCAUGCUCUCCUGAAGAAAUUGCAAAGACAAAUGACGUCAAAACAAUUGAAGCACUAUUAAAUUCGUUUUUAAAUUCAAGAUUUACAAAUACCGAAGCGCAAUUACUUCCAAAUCCACUCUCGGCUAAAUUUUACAGAUUAUUACAAAUAGGCGUUCAAUAUAUUUAUGAUACUCAAGAACAUCUUCGAAAAAUCCUCAAACAAUCAGACGAAGACAACAAAAGCUUAAAAGAAAAGCUUCGUACAGUUACAGCAGCCGUCAGUCAUCUUAAAAACAAAGUUGGCAAAAAACCAGGUGAAGGAUCCGAGAAAUGCAUUGUUUGUCAUAGAGUGUUUAAGUCCUUAGAAUACUUAGAUGGCCAUAUGCAACGCCGUCAUGCAGCUUUAGUACCUGCAUGGAAAUCAUUACGAUCAGGACAUCCGCAAGGACUUGAAGAUAUCACAGAUCAAAUCACUAACCUACGCCAAGCUAUUUCUAAAACACGAGCUGAGCUUUCUCAUGCAGUUGCAGAUCAUAAUGAUGUUAGACACAUUGUUGAGCAGCCAGACAUGCAAUUACGAGCUCUCGUUGAGUUGAAUGAGAAACAGGAUCGAUUAAUUGAGCAGCAGAAUAACCAGGAUAGGGCACAAAUGAAUUUCAGAAGAGAAAUUCGAAAUCAACUUGACAGUGCCAUUGUACAAUUAAGGCAGAGUGCUCGUAGAAUGGAAGAAAAGAUAUCAAAUCCAUCAAUGCCGCCAAUGCCAACUCCUGAAUUCAUAAAACACGACCUAGAAAUGUCAUUAACUCAACAAUUAGUCAUGAAACAGAAUACAAGUGGUCCAAGAAUAUCUUUCCCAAAUCUAAGCCUUUCAUCAUUAAGCAACAACCCACAGGAAGUUAUAAAUCCGCCUAUUUUCCCUUCACAAUUGAAGGAACUUCCCCCACAUCAAAAUCCCAUUCAAAUUCAAGGUUUACAAAAACCGCCAAAUCCCAUUCAAAAACAAGAAACUCCAACUCCAACAGCGGAAAGUAUCCAGAAACUCGAGUUACCUAAGACCGGAUUUGUCAGUAACCCAGUCAUGAUCAGUAAAUCUCCUCAAAUCAACAAGAACAAGGAGAGAGAGAAUAUUGAGUUGAAUUUCGAUACAGCCAAUGACAAGCCACCUGUUAUUCCGCAUUAUGCUGAUGGAGAGACACCAUUCCAAGUACCUCCACAGGUUCUCCAACCAAGAAUUCCACCUGUUAAAGACGAAAUCAGUGAAUCUGAAAUCAGUUCUGCUCGUCCUGUUACAGGAGACAUGGUUUUCUCAAUGCUAGAGCCUAUUGAGAAGUCCCCAGCUAAGAUAAACGGUGUAAAGAAGACAUUGAUUGAUAGAGCACGUGCAAUUAUCAACAAACCAAUGGAAUACAGAGUAACUAAGCAGCAAAACGACAAAUACGUCAGUGAAAUAUUAAGAGAGGUCACAGAGCAACUUGACAAGCUCAGACAGAUGAGACCAUACGCUCCUCCAACUGAUGUUUACGCAUCAAAAGUGUUGAGUACAGGAAAGAAAGAAUAUUUGACAAAACACGAUGAGUUAUUGAUCUAUUUAGAGAAGUUGUCACCUAUAGAAGAUGUCAGAGUUGAAUCAUUGUUUGCUAAUAGACAAAUGACAUUUCCUUUGGCAGCUCCCAAGAGAAAACCAGUUCUCACAAAGGAGAUGCAAAGAAAAUUCAAUCAAGACAUUGGUUUCGCGCGUUUACAAGACCAAUCACCAUCAAAAGUUCCUCAAAACACACACAGAAGAGUUGAUAGAAGAGCAAAUGAUCUCCUUGAACCUGAUUCCAGUGACAUUAUCCCUGUUUCUAACUUCGAAACAAGUGAAACUUCAUCUGAACCUGUCCCUGGAAUUUUCGAAGAUCCUUAUUAUUACGGAAAACCGAAACCAGAAAAGGUUUAUAAACCAAUUACUAAGGUUGAGACUUCUUCGAGCGCUAUACAGCCUGUAUCUGAUAGCUCUGAUGGACUCGAGGAUUUCAAGUUGUCUGAUAAUGAAACAAAAGAAGAUAAAAUUGACGAAUUCUUUGCUGAUUCGAAAGAAAAAGUGGAAGAAAAGUCUGAAUCUUCCACGAAAUCAAAGAAAUCUUCUGCAAGAUCUUCUGUUUCGUCUGUUUCUUCGUCUAAAUCCAAAUCUGUGUCAAAAUCUAAUUCCAAAUCUUCUGUUAAAUCGAAUUCUCCUCAAAAUAAGGACAGUCAGAAAGACUUGAGAGGAUCAAACACUGCAAUGAUGACUGAUUCAAGCAGUUCGACCAAAUCUAAGAAAUCUCAGAAAUCUUCGGCUCCAAAACAAGAACUAACAGCAACAACGACAACUGUUAAGGUUACAAAGAUGAAUAUGUCUGAUACUACAGGAAGUAAAGACCAAAACCCAGAUCAUUCUGAUAUUGAAGAUAUAUCUUCAUCAGAUGAUUUUUAA